UCAGUUUCCUAUUUUGUCGUAAAUUGUUAUUCGCCCCCAGCCUGCAGGAAAUGAAUCAACCAAUCGCAGAAAGGAACCUUAAUAGACACCUGGUUCAGCCAAUCAGAGCUGACGGGAAGACCCUUUCCAACAGUAUAAAAUCCUGUCCCGGAGGACGUUCCGUCUAUCUUGUUCCUGUGUUUCAGCCUGUGUUCUCAGUUCUGAGGGAGAAUGGCCCGGACCAAGCAGACAGCGCGUAAAUCGACCGGAGGGAAAGCUCCUCGCAAACAGUUGGCGACCAAAGCGGCGCGGAAGAGCGCUCCAGCCACCGGCGGAGUGAAGAAGCCUCAUCGCUACCGGCCCGGCACCGUGGCUCUGCGGGAGAUCCGGCGCUACCAGAAAUCCACCGAGCUGCUCAUCCGCAAACUUCCCUUCCAGCGCCUGGUGCGGGAGAUCGCUCAGGACUUCAAAACCGAUCUGCGCUUCCAGAGCUCGGCCGUCAUGGCCCUGCAGGAGGCUAGCGAGGCUUACCUGGUCGGGCUGUUUGAGGACACUAACCUGUGCGCCAUCCACGCCAAGCGAGUCACCAUCAUGCCCAAGGACAUCCAGUUGGCCCGCCGCAUCCGCGGGGAGCCUUGGGACCGGCUGGUUUGCUCCGGCCGGCCGCCUUCUUCUUGGGACUCUUCUUUGCGGCGGCGGGUGCGGCUGCAGGAGCCGUUUCGGCGGGUGCUGUCUCGAAUGGCCCGGACCAAGCAGACAGCGCGUAAAUCGACCGGAGGGAAAGCUCCUCGCAAACAGUUGGCGACCAAAGCGGCGCGGAAGAGCGCUCCAGCCACCGGCGGAGUGAAGAAGCCUCAUCGCUACCGGCCCGGCACCGUGGCUCUGCGGGAGAUCCGGCGCUACCAGAAAUCCACCGAGCUGCUCAUCCGCAAACUUCCCUUCCAGCGCCUGGUGCGGGAGAUCGCUCAGGACUUCAAAACCGAUCUGCGCUUCCAGAGCUCGGCCGUCAUGGCCCUGCAGGAGGCUAGCGAGGCUUACCUGGUCGGGCUGUUUGAGGACACUAACCUGUGCGCCAUCCACGCCAAGCGAGUCACCAUCAUGCCCAAGGACAUCCAGUUGGCCCGCCGCAUCCGCGGGGAGCGCGCCUAAACCCGGCCUCCACAACAAACACAAGAAAAGGCUCUUUUAAGAGCCACUACCACAGCAAAGGAAAGGGUUGUCGUUUGCUGAUCACUGUAUU